AUGGUAUCCGCCAAUAACUUGAAUCUUGACGUCGUUGAGCAUAUCUGUGCGCACAUCGCGACCAACGAUUUGCUUUCUGUGGCGCUGGUUAGCCGAGCGUUUUUUGCUGGCGUAAUCCCCAGGCUGUAUCGGACGCUAGCUAUGAGACGAAGUCAGGGCAAGAAGUAUCCAUCGACGCAGGUACAGACCGCUUUCUCCGCAAUCCUCACUCAUCCGGAGUAUGCUGUUCACGUUCGAACCGUCGACAUCCGCAUCAUCCCGGAAUACCGUAACAGCAUACGUGCCGAAUUCAUGCGCAAUGCUGUCGAAGCUCUUCGCCUCUCUAUCAACCUUGCCUCUUUGGUCUGCACCACUAAGGAAGUCACAGCCUUCCUUCUCGCCGUUCCCCGCCCCGAUCGCCUUCAAGAGCUGCGAAUACAGGCGAAUCUCACGCCAGCUCAGGGGGAGGUCCUGCUGCGUAUGAGCAACCUGAAGCAAUUGACGCUGGAGUUCCCUAGCUGGAAUGUCGUAGAUAUCUUGCCGAGGUGGGCAGCUGCAUGCAACGGGAGUCUCACGAGCCUCACGCUAUAUGUUACGUCUGAUCUCGACGAAGACAUUCUCGAAACCAUCCUUGGUCAUCUUCCCCGGCUCACCGGCCUUCAUGUGAUAAAUUGCCCCAAAGUCGAUCACAUCGCCGUCUUCCGUAUGGCCUCCCUCACGCCCCUACUGUCGUCUCUUGCAUUCACCACCUGGGAGAGUCCGCGUUCCAUGUCUGUUUCAAGCGCCACAGUCACAUCCCUCCCGCGCUUGACGCACCUCGCUCUUGACACUCACUGCUCGCUCACACCUUCCACCACCCCCACUCUCUGGGCCGAGAUAUUCUCGAAGGUGAAAGAGUGGGGAUGUUCAUUACGAAGCGUGCAGCUGAAGAUGAGCCAUCAGCUCCAAGUGGGAGAACCGUUCUUGCACGAAUUCCUUACGGCGCAUGGAGCAACGUUGAAACAACUUGCAUUUAUCAACUGCGGGGUCACUGCGGAAAGCUUACGGAGUAUUUGUAUCCAUGCGAACACUCUGGAAAAGUUAUCCAUUGCUGUACCCGUGAAAGACAUGGCCCCGUUCAAAAUGGCGUUGUCCUCAUCCAAGACACUGCACACACUCGUAGAUUUGGAUGAUUCUCAUCACAGACACGGUCAACGCCCCUCGUUGACCACAUAUGAGGUUCGGACUCUGAUGACCGCCGUUCCCAAACUACGAACGUUUGUGUCCGAUAGUCGACGAUGGGUGGGCGAAGAUUCUAGAAGUGGUUACAUUGAUGUUCGGCUAGAACGCCGGCAAACGUCCGGGUUCACCGCCUACUGGUUCAUGCCAACGCCGCAUUAGCCCCUAUCCGAGGACUGCGACCAUGGUUAUCGUCCGCUCAAAUGUCGAUCACCGGCUUCUUGCAUGGGCCACCGUGGAUUUGCCGACAUCCUAUCUGCAGUGUGAAAUAAACAGCCUUCUUGAGAAGCUCUCGAGGACGCAAAGGACUGGUGGGCAUCACCAGUGCGGACUCGAACACCGGGAAAGGCAAUGAAGUUGCAUCCCAGAACCUCACUGUGGCAUGCUGGCAUCUCAUCCGAACAUCGUCCAUCACCUUGGAAGUCGUGCUGCGGAAUACGUCGUGUUAGCUGCAUGAGCUUGAUGUACGACAGAGGGAAACGUGACUUGAGGAAACUCUAGGAACCAGGUUGAAGGGGAGCGCAGUUCAAUGGUCCAUGGUCCCACCAGUGAUUGAGUAUGAUGAACCCGUUCAGAUGUAGGAGAUAGCUCGAGAAGGU